GCCGCGCAGGCGCAGUAUGGCGGCCGAGUAUGUGUGUAUGUGAGAGUCUGACGGAUUCAAAAUGGCGGCGGCGGCUGCUUCUAUAAAGGGGCAAAGGAAAAUCAGAGACCUGGAGGAAGAGGAAGAAGAUAGUAGUUCUGAUAUAUCCUUCUCACUCUCAUCAGAAGAGUCUGAGAUGGAGCCUGAAGAAGAACGGAUCCGUUAUAGCAAACGACUGCGUGGUGCUAUGAGACGACGCUAUGAGGAUGAUGGCAUCUCAGAUGAUGAAAUUGAAGGCAAGCGAACAUUUGACCUCGAAGAAAAACUUUCUACCAACAAAUAUAAUGCCAACUUUGUAGUGUUCAUGGAAGGCAAAGACUUCAAUGUGGAGUACAUUCAACGUGGUGGCUUACGAGAUCCUUUGAUCUUCAAAAAUUGUGAUGGUCUUGGAAUAAAGAUGCCAGAACCAGACUUUAGUGUGAGUGAUGUACGGCUCUAUGUAGGGAGUCGUAGGAUGGUGGAUGUCAUGGAUGUAAACACACAAAGGGAUAUUGAGAUGACCAUGGCUCAGUGGGCACGCUACUAUGAAACACCGGAGGAAGACCGAGAGAAGUUAUACAAUGUUAUCAGCUUAGAAUUCAGCCAUACCCGGCUUGAGAACCUGGUGCAAAGGCCAAAUACGGUGGAUUUAAUUGAUUGGGUUGACAAUAUGUGGCCAAGGCAUCUGAAGGAAAGCCAGACAGAAUCAACAAAUGCUAUUUUGGAUAUGCAGUAUCCAAAAGUGCAAAAAUAUUGCCUGAUGAGUGUUAAAGGAUGCUACACAGAUUUCCAUGUAGAUUUUGGUGGCACAUCAGUAUGGUAUCACAUCCACAGAGGGGGGAAGAUCUUCUGGCUAAUCCCACCCACUCCACAGAAUUUAGAAUUAUAUGAAAACUGGCUACUAUCAGGGAAACAAGGAGACAUCUUCCUUGGUGAUAGGGUAUCAGAUUGUCAGCGUAUUGAACUAAAGCAAGGCUAUACCUUUGUCAUUCCCUCAGGUUGGAUCCAUGCUGUGUAUACUCCUAUGGAUACCCUAGUUUUUGGAGGAAACUUUCUACACAGUUUCAAUAUCCCUAUGCAGUUACGAAUUUAUAGUAUUGAAGACCGUACACGGGUCCCAAUUAAAUUUCGUUAUCCCUUUUAUUAUGAAAUGUGCUGGUAUGUACUAGAACGCUAUGUCUAUUGCAUCACUAACCGUUCCCAUUUGACCAAGGACUUUCAGAAGGAAUCACUUAACAUGGAUAUGGAACUGUGCAAUGCAGAGUCAGGAAAUGUGGAUGAAGACGAUGCUGUGGGCGGAAAGGAAUCACGUCGUCCAACCACCAGAAGGUCAAUCCUUACCAGCCCAGUAGCUAAUGGUGCUAAUCUAGACUAUGAUGAAAUAAGUAGAGGCUGUCGAAGUUUGCCAAGUCUUAAGAGAACUCUCUCCAUGGAUUCUGAAUCCAGUCGAGGUUCCCAAAAUGGCCAAGCAUGGGAUUCUCACAGCAAUUGUUCACUUAAAGACAAGAAGGUGCACCUAACACAGUUUGAGCUUGAAGGUAUGCGUUGUCUUGUAGACAAGCUGGAAUCUUUGCCUCUACACAAGAAGUGUGUACCCACAGGCAUAGAAGAUGAGGAUGCUCUUAUUGCAGAUGUUAAGCUAUUGCUUGAAGAGUAUUCAAACAGUGAUCCCAAACUGGCACUUACUGGAAUCCCUAUUGUCCAGUGGCCGAAGAGGGAUAAGCUGAAGCUUCAGACUCGGCCAAAGUUAAGAUUACCUGCCAUCCCUAUCACCAAGCCCCAUACUAUGAAACCAGCUCCACGACCUGCAACUGUGAGACCCACAGUCUCUCCUAUUGUAUCUGGUGCACGAAGGAGGCGGGUGCGAUGUCGUAAAUGCAAGGCCUGCCUGCAGGGUGAAUGUGGCAUGUGUCAUUACUGCAAAGAUAUGAAGAAAUUUGGAGGGCCUGGUCGCAUGAAACAGUCUUGUAUCUUAAGGCAAUGUUUGGCGCCCAGACUGCCUCAUUCUGUCACAUGCGCACUUUGUGGAGAGGUAGAUAAGAACGAAGAUUCCCAGGACUUUGACAAGAAACUAAUGGAGUGCUGCAUCUGCAAUGAAAUUGUUCAUCCUGGCUGUUUGCAGAUGGAUGGGGAAGGGCUACUGAAUGAGGAAUUGCCAAAUUGCUGGGAAUGCCCAAAGUGUUACAAGGGAGAUGAGCCAGAGAAAGGCCAGAAACGGAAAAUGGAUGAUGGUGACGACGACACAGUUCAAGCCAAAGUCCUGCGUCCCUUGCGUAGCUGUGAAGAACCUCUGACUCCACCACCCCACUCCCCUACCCCAAUGCUGCAGCUGAUCCAUGAUCCUGUAUCACCUCGAAGCAUAGUGACGCGGUCCUCUCCAGGGGCAGGUCCUAGUGACCAUCAUGGUGCCAGUCGGGAUGAACGCUUUAAGAGACGACAGCUGCUUCGACUACAGGGCACAGAACGCACAGUUGUGCGGGAAAAGGAAAACAACCCUAGUGGCAAAAAAGAGCUUUCAGAGGUAGAAAAAGCCAAGCUUCAUGGUUCAUAUCUCACAGUCACAUUGCAAAGACCUACCAAAGACGUGCAUGGCACUUCCAUUGUACCCAAAUUGCAGGCAAUCACUGCCUCCACUAAUCUGAGACACUCCCCCCGUGUGGUCAUGCGCCAAAGUUCAGCCAGGACACCCCAGCGGGGUGGAGAUGAAGAAGUAGUAGAGGAGGAAGAGGAAGAUGAAAGCGCAGAUGAAGAAGAUGACAAUGCUGAGGAAAAUGGGGCAACCAGGCUAAAUGGACAGGGGGGCAGGGCAUCAGAUGGUGAGGAAAUCUGGAUGCAAAAGGAAGUAUGGAUGUCUGUCUUCCGAUACCUUACUCGCAAGGAGCUUUGUGAAUGUAUGCGUGUAUGCAAAACCUGGUACAAAUGGUGCGGUGAUAGGAGAUUGUGGACGAAGAUUGACUUAAGCAGGUAUAAGUCCAUCACACCCAUGGCUCUUGGUGGUAUAAUCAGGAGGCAACCAGUCAGCCUUGACCUCAGCUGGACCAAUAUUUCUAGAAAACAGCUUACCUGGCUCAUCAACAGAUUACCAGGCCUCAAAGACCUCAUCUUGGCAGGCUGCUCCUGGUCAGCAGUAUCUGCUCUCAGUACCUCUACCUGCCCCCUUCUCAGGACCCUCGAUCUUCGGUGGGCAGUAGGAAUCAAGGAUCCUCAGAUUCGGGACUUGCUGACACCUCCAUCAGAUAAACCCAGUCAAGACAAUCGCAGCAAACUCCGUAACAUGAUAGACUUCCGAUUGGCCGGGCUGGAUAUUACUGAUGCCACACUCCGGCUCAUCAUUCGCCACAUGCCUGCGCUCUCACGACUUGAUCUUAGUCACUGCAAUCACCUUACAGACCAGUCAGCCAACCUGUUAACAGCUGUGGGAUCUUCCACACGAAACUCACUCACUGAAAUUAAUAUGGCAGGUUGCAAUAAGCUCACAGACCAGUCCCUGCUGUACCUGCGACGCAUCUCUAAUGUCACUCUGAUAGAUCUGCGUGGCUGCAAACAAAUCACCCGCAAAGCCUGCGAGCACUUCAUUUCAGACCUGUCAAUCAACAGCCUCUAUUGCCUGUCAGAUGAAAAGCUGAUCCAAAAAAUCAGCUAGAAAUUUGCCACAGAAAGACUGAAGAGAAGAAGGAAAGAUCCCAGACAGCCCCUCUUGGAGAGCAGAUCCUCCCUCAAUUUACCCCAUCUCUACAGUCAGGAGAGAUGCCAUCCUGAUUGUGAUUGUAAUGACCCUCCUCUACUUGGGACUUCUGUAAACCAGAAAAUCCCACCAGGCAGUUGAGUAAGUGGCAGCAAGAAGAGAUGGACAAUUGCUCUUGUUGGGGUACUUGCUCAUCAGCUACAUGCUCUUAACUUUUUGUAGUCGCUUUUUCAGGGGGAACAUGACCUUUUCUCUCCACCUUUUUCCCUUCUCAUAAAUCCUGUGAAAACAGAUUAUACUUCCUCAUCAGAUUAUGGGAAACGUGACCUGGAUGGUAUAAAACAGGUGCAUUUCUGCUCCCUGUUUCUUUACUGUCUUGGUAUGCAAUUUGUUACUAAGUCUUCAGAUUUACUAAGACUUGAGAGUAACUGCUCUUGCCCACUAUGUUCUGCUAAGCUUCCUUUUUUCACUCACCAGCAGCUGAAUGGGCAGCUACUGCUUUGUGCCGAUUACUCAGAGCUCCAGUGUCGGCAGUAGUGAUGCCUGCUUUGUGGUGAGGGUCUCUCCAUGUGCCCUCGGUUCAGCUUGCAAGCAUCGUCCAACGUAAGGCUAGUGAGGGGAUGGCAGAACUUUCAGAAUAAGGGAGCCAUGUUCUUAUCCUAGAUUAUCCCAGAAAAGGGAGAGGGUGUCAGACAAGCAUGUUCUACCUUUCCUGCUAUGAAAAGAUGGCAGUAUUUGUGUAGAGAAAAAGCUGCAGUAUAGAUUGAAGGCUUCAGGGGCAUCUUUUGGGAUUUCUAACACCAGCAGAAAUGGUCUCCAUUGUUCCAUAUGUCUGCUGAAAUUAGCAUCCUUAGAGAUGCUGGCUAGAACAAAUGCCUACAUCCUGGGGUUGCAUAGCUGUUGGCUCUUGAGCUGGGAGACGGGUUAAUGCUCCAUUAGCUGCCUCUCUUCCUUUGCAAUGAAUGGCCGGUCCAAAGAACUUCUCUCUUGGGCAGCAGAGAGCUUUUUGCACUUUAGAAAGAAAGGUAAUAUUUUGGAUCCCUAUUUUAUUUUCCCCUGCUUGAGUGACUGGACACUCCUUCCAGCUGUCUGAGUUUGUCAGGGUUUGAAUGCACACUUUGCACUCUGCUCUCUUCCCCAUAGUGAUAGCACAAAUUGGACUGCCCUUCCCCCUUGCCUCCCCCUCUGAUCUUCAAAUGGCAAAAAAAGCAGCUCUCCAGUGUCUGUGCAGCAAGGGAAAGGAGGAGAGUGGUUGCAGAAUUGGAGGAAGACCCAAUGCACCCUUGCUGCUGCUUCUGAAGCAAUAAGGGAGGGGGAGGAAUCCACCCAUAACUCUCCAAAUCGCCCAGCCUAAUUGCAUUGAAUGCUGUGGCAACUGAGCCUCGGGGAAGACUUGACUUCCCCUGCACUAUUGGGGAUGGGGUGAAGGAAAUACAUUUAGAUCUACUGAAAUCCAAUGGUCCCCCCCCCCUCACUUCCAUAUGAGGAGCAGGCUUCUUUGCCAAGAGGACAAUGCUAGUGUGAUGAGUUCCAGAGUGCCUCAAUAUACAGGAGCUUUGCUGCAAAUUGAAUUUUUCUGCAAAAAUGCCCACUGAUCUCCUAGAAGUGGAAACUUUCUGCCUUGUUGUAUUGGCUCCUGUGGAAAAAAAUUGUAGAACCAAUCUUUUUGUGCUUUUUUUUGUUUGUUUGUUUCCAAGAGGAAGGUGAGAAUAGCCAUAAAUAGGAGAUUCAAGUGCAUCUGCCCAGAUAACUCCCACAUUGAGUUUUCUACACUCUGGGUAUUUUGUGUUUUUGUUUUCUCAAAAGUGGGAGCACCUUCAUAACUCUCCAUGUGCAUUGAUCAGCCUGAGAAGUGCUGAACUGCAGCAAGUUGGCAUGACAGGAGCAUUGGUCUGGGAGGAAUCUCGUCCUGCGGCAAGAGGGAUGAAAAAGCAUCAGCAGACUGAUUGGGGAGGGUAUUGUGAGUUUAGGCUUUAUUAUCCUACAACCUUCUCAGAAAUGUCCCUCAAAUGACUGUGGCUUAAAAGACUUAAAGUAAUUGUGAAACUUCAUUGCCUAAACUGAUCAUCACUUCAGAGGGCAAGUGGUGACACAAAGGAAAGAAAAAUUAUAUAUAAAAUCACUUGGUGAUUUAAAAAAGAAACAAAAGAAGACAAAACAUGCUCCCUAAAUAAAACUCCCUAAGAAAGUCACUAUUGUCUAAAAGGGUUUGGUUGUUAUUUUGUGUUUUUCUUUUCUUUGGUUUGUUUGUUUGAAGAAAUUGUAAAUAUAUAUUUUUUGUUGCUAACUUAGAGUCAAUCUCCAAUGUUGU